CGGGAUAUGACUGUUCAUUUACACACGCAGCAAAGGCUACGCGACAGACAACUGACUGGAGAGUGCCAACAUCAACAAAUCAGGAGUAUCAAGCUUUUGACACCAAAGGAGCAAAUCACCACCUUUAUCUGGAUUCUUCUUUAUUUUCUUGAGGUUGUGUUUAUUUUACUACGGUAGUUUAUCACAUCUUCAGAUCCGAAGAAUGAGAGGGAAUCUUUCCGCGAACGAAGAUAUUUCAGGCUAUUAUUCAAUGAUGCCUGUCUCGGACUUCCAUGCAAAGCCUUCCUGUACGAUGGAGCCCGCGGACAGUAUGUGUGGAGCGGGAGGAGCUGUCACCGCCAGACCGCUGAUGGGGAACAUCUCUUCGUGGCAGCACUCUGGGGAUGGAGGAUGCGCGCAGGACGGAGCUGAGGAGUUAAACGAGAAAACGGUGCUUGCCCCACCGGUGUUCGUAUUUCAGAAGUCUUUCACGCUAUCCAUGAAGAGGAGAGCAGAGAGAUGGGAGGAGGGAUCAGUUGUGGGAAUCAGUCCAAACAAACGAGUCCGAUCCUUCACAUACCCUAAUCCUAACAGCAGAAUGAGGAAAGGCUCCUGUGACGGCAGUAGACGAGUGCGAACAAAUUCCCACUCUUUUCCCCCACCACCUCCAGUCUCAAGAUCAAAUGUCUUCAUGCCUUCAAAUCUAUGCAACCGGGCCAACAUUUCCCCAAACAGAGUGACACCUCUGAACAGGGUCAGAAGGUCAUUACUUCAGCCUGCACGUCUCCUCGCCCCUCAACCCUGGAACAUCUCCUCACAGCCACACCUAUCUGAGGUAUUCUACAACUCUCUUCGCCCCCUCACACAGAGUGAAACGAGAAAACUCUCUCAGGUGAGCCAUGAUCCUUCAAAUGAUGUCUCCAGCAUCUCAACAGACUGCUCCUCCACUGUUGGUCUAUUACAUCAAAAGAAACCCUGUCAAGUUCACAGAUCGAAGCCAGACGGUACCACCUCAGACAGGGUCCAGUUUGUGUUUGGUGAAAACAUGAGUGAAAGAGUCUUGAGACCACAGAAAUCCCCUAGCAGUGAAGAUUCUGAUUGCAGCUCUGAUUCUGAGUCUUCCACCUCUGAGUCAAGUUAUAAAGGUGCUGUGUGGAGCAGUCUGAGGGAGUCUGCUGCAGCUUACACAGCAUCCUGUGGGAGGCAGCAUGUGCUCAGGCUCAGGCAGGUUCAGCUGUUCACUGGGGAGGAGAAGGAAAGCAAUGUGGUCCAGCUGACCUGCAGACUGUUUGUCCUGGAAAAAGGAACUCCGUCAUGGACUGAGCGAGGAAGAGGAGUCCUGCGACUCAAUGAUCUAGCAUCAGGGACCAAAAGAGGGCUUCAGUCCAGGAUAGUGAUGAGGCACCAGGGCAGUCUCAAGGUUAUCCUCAACACCAAGCUCUGGCCACACACACACCUACGUCGUCCUGCCCGCCGGAACCUCCAGGUGACGGCCACUGACGUGGAGACUCAGGCCGUUCGGGUGUUCCUCAUUCAGGCCAGCGCCAGGGACGUGGCUCGCCUCUACGUGGCCAUCCACCAUCGGCUGGUAGGCCUACGGGCCAGUGCUGCUGAGAGGGAGGCAGAGGCUGCAGGGGGCAGGACCAGGGAGGGGCACUGCAACAGUGAGAAUGAAGAGGAGGAGGAAGAGGAGAGACAACAGAAAGAAAGAGAAGAAAGGCUGCUCUUGACACGAUUACAACCUGUGGUUUGUGAUUGGAUACACAGUAAACCUAGUUUGGAUUCUUGGUGACCUGGACCAUCUGAACAGAACUUUGGCUGUAAUGGAACAGCGGGACAAAACAUCAAGAGACAGCUUGCAAGUACUUACUGUCUAUUGAGCUACCAUGACUGCCUUCUUUUAACAACAACAAAAAUAUAUGAUCAUUCUAUUGCCGUACUUACUUUUGUACUUCACGUUAUUGUGGCAGUGUGCAAGGGGAGGGUAAACUGCCAGAUUAUGACAGAGGGAAUCUAGAGGCAAUGACUGAUAAAAAACAAUUGUAUUUAUUUUUGUUAUUUUAUUAUGCAUUUAUAAUGAAUCCAACUGUUCAUGCAAGUGCUAUUUGUGGCUGAAGCACCCACAUUAACCUUAUUUUAAAUAUAUUUAGAAUAUUCCCAAAAGGUUUUGUUCUUCUGUAUUUCUUUUAUAAGCAUUAUGUUUUAUAUGUUGUAAGUGUUUUAAAAACACCUUAUGAUCAACGUAAUGAUUUUGAAACCAUUUUUGUAGGUCUUUCACUACAAACAGAAUAUAAUAGGUAUCUAUCUAUUUCAACUGUGAAACAAACAAAAUAGCUUUAUUGUUAGCUGUUUCAUUUAUACAGUACAUUACUGACAUAAACAACAAUCUCAAGGUUGUGGUACACUCACCUUUUCUACACAGUACUAAAUGCAUGCCUCUGCCUACCUCUGUAAUUGCUACAAAUGUGAGAAAACAAUUAAAUGUUUUUAAUGGAUUUUAAGUUCUAUUACCUAGUGUAUUGUCAAAAGCAAUUAACUUAAAAGGGUAAUCCUGCAUAAAAGCAAACAUGACUAGCAUCUAGUUCAUAUUCUGAUAUGUAUAUAUUAUAUUAAUCUGCUUCUGGUAAUAUCACCAUGUUAUGUGAGCAGUUAUGUCAUCGUGAUUGAUAAAACUGAUUUUCUGAUACAACUUUUGAGUUUAUCAUAAUUUUUCAUGGUUGUUGUUGCUGAGCUGAUGUUAAAGGUAUCUUGUCCUCUAGUCUAGUAGGCCUGCUUUCAUCUAUCCAGUGUUUUCAGAUCAGUGCAGGUGAAGGAGAGAAGACAAAGGUAUCCCACUUUGGACCAUGUUUGCCAAAUGAAUAGCUGCUGAUUUUCCUUCAUGAACACUGAAGGACUGGAAAGAGGGGAUUGAGGUGUGUGUGGAGAAGAGAGGGGAAUAUGAUGAAGAAACAGUGCGAUGAGCAGACGCCAUUAUCUCGGCAGGGGGUGAGGUUUACCGCUUAUCCAAGCCCUACAUACUCCCUGUCAGGACUGAAUGAGAUCUUCAUUGGGGAAUCUCUCUCCUCAAGGGUGAAGUGUAAAUCCUUGAAUCCCCAUCUCACCCUCUUGCUCAAAAGGGCUUCCUACUAUGAGAUCUCUUUGGACGACGGACCGUGGGAGAAGCAAAAGAGCUCUGGCCUCAGCAUCUGCACAGGGACCGGAUCUAAAGCCUGAAUAUUAACAAACUGGUUGAACAGGCUGUGGACGAUGUCCUAAGGAUAGGAAAGGCACAAAUGGGUCUUGAUAUUCAACUGAGAAAGGGACUGAUGAAUACAACGCGUCUCUGGUGUUUGGUCCAGAGGAAGGCUAAAUGUUCUUCAGCAUCAGAGAGCCCAUUGUCAACAGAGUAUUCUCCAGCAGUCGCCAAAGAGGUUUUGCCAACAGGGUGUGUGUACGCUCAAGGUGCUUGGACUCGUGCAUGGUGGUGGAUGGCGGGACUUAUUUUGAGUUCAACGAUGGUGCCAUAGCAACAAUCACCAUUAACGAGGAGGACCAGCUCCUGACUGUGCUCCUUGAAAACGGACUGACCGGCCAACCAUCCUUAGAGUUCACACAAGACCCUCAGCAGCAGUGAUCUAUAAAGGGAGUUGGAACUAGUCUCUUAUUAGGACCUGUGACCUUCAAAAUAAACUUGUCACAUCUGC